CGAUGGAGGACGACGAGGAAUUUGGCGCGGCCAUUGCCAUCGGGUCGGAAACGACCGAGGCCGAAAAAGAAUAUGAAAAGGUUCUCGACCAGAUGCGUGAGGGUGAUGGACUGAAGUUAUACGCUGACGUGUACACAAAGCUUUACGACUCAUACUUCAAUCUGAAAGAAGAGAACUGCGCUCACCAGGAUAAAUUAAACAAAAUGAUGAUUAAGGUUCGGCGUUACGACGAAAUGAUAAGUGAAUAUUUAGCAGAGAUCUCCGAAAACGGUAAAACUGUUGAGAAGCUGAGAGGAGAGAUCGAGGAAGCUCGGGCCUUAGCAGACGCGAUGCACUCUCGAGAACUGGCGAGCGUUGAGAGCUUGGAGACCAUGAAGAAGACUGUGACACGCCUGGAAAAGGAACUGGAUGCGAGAAAACGAGCCGGUGACGAUGAUGCGGGCGCGACAUCAGCUGUGAAGGAGAAGGAGAAGUUUGAAAAAGAAAAAGCCAGGCUACAAGGUGAACUCGAAGGGGUUAAGCACCGGCUGAACAAUUCUUUAAGCUUCAUUGAGGAGCUGGAGCAAAAGAUUACGGCUGCUGAAGAAACCAUUGCCAAACUGGAAGAACAAUUAGAGGAAGCGGACAAUAAUGCCGUGCGACAGAACAGACUGGUAGAUCAUUUGAAAUCUGAGUCUGAAACGAUGAAGACGGAAGUAGAGACCAGAGGAAAUGCCAUAAAGAACCUUAAUGAAAAACUUUCGAAAGCUGAAAAAACCAUAGAACGACGCGAUCGCCAACUGCGUGAAAUGGGGAACAAAUUGGACCUCGCACAACAAGAGCGGGAUGCAGCUUCCACCAAGGCCACUCAGUUGAGAGAGCAGCUUGAUUUCACCAACGCCGAUUUUGAAAAGACCAAGCAAACUCUUAUAAACACUAGCAAGGAAUUGAAGAACAUGAUUGAUGACUCCAACAGACUUCGUAAUGAGGUGACAAAGCUCUCCAAACAAGCCAUUCAGCAGACCAAGAGAUACCAGCUACUUGAGCAGGCGAAAGCUGGCAUUAUAGCAGAUCGAGAGAACCUGAGGCAGCAAGUAUCCGUGAUGGAGAGAGAGAUAAUAAUAGGCAACAAGCAAGCGGAAUCUGAUAAGAGAGAAAUUGAGAACCUUAACAGGGAGAAGGAUAUUUUGACCAAGAAUAUGCAGAAAAUACAGAGCGAAGCAAUAGAAAAUCUGAAGCUAAUAAACCAACAGGAGACGAGGCGAAAGCAACUGGAACAUGAGCUAGAUCUGAACUCAGCGCAGAUUAACAAGCAGAGACUUACAAUACGGCAGUAUGAAAAAGACAAGGACAGAAUGCUGGAGGAAACAAUUGCUCUUAAUGAGAAAAUAGAUGAAACUACAGAGGAAGUCCGUCUUCGAACAGCUGAUAUAUUGGACUUGAAAAAAGCACUCAGAGAGGAAUGUCUUAAGAGUCGCAAAUUUUCCGUCGCACUAGACGCCGCGCGUGCUGAAAGAAAUAUGCUGCAUAAAAACUAUACAGAAGCACUUGAUGAAAUACAGGAUCUCAAACAGAAGCUUAAGAUGUUAGCAUAUCAAAUCGAGCAACUGAAAGAGGAUAUAAGCGGCAAAGAGAGCGGACUCAGAUUGUGUGAGAGCACACUCGCAAAGUGCAAUAAGAAGAACGAACAACUUCGUGCAGAGAUACAAGCUGGUUUGACAAAGUUGUCGGAGGCAAAGGCGGAAAUUUCCGCCCUGAGGCAAGAGGAAGCAAGGCUCAAUAGAAUUAUACAGGAAGGAGAUACAGCCAGAGCCAAACUGAUGAAAGAACUGGAAGGCCUCAUCAAUGAACGGGACGUUGUUGGUGCUCAGUUGGUGCGAAGGAACGAUGAGAUCUCCCUUCUGUAUGAGAAAAUACGUAUUCUAGAAGUCACUCUGCAUCGUGGUGAACGCCAAUAUGAACAGAGGGUAGAAGACAUUCGUCUUCUAAGACUUGAGAUCCUCCGACUGCGCAAAGAGAAGAACUUGCUGUCAAAGGGCAUUGAGAAUAUGACCGAUUUGAGAUUAGAGGUGUUCAACUUGGAGCGUGAACUAGGCCGCGAGAGGUUACGCGUGCGCGCCCUCGAGCAGGCGCUUGAGACCCCCCUCAAUGUCCACCGCUGGAGGAAACUGCAGGGGACCGACCCUGAGAGUGUGCAUCUAACGCAAAAGUUGCGGUUGACGCAAAAAAAAGUACUAGCUCAGAGCGAAAUGUUGGUUUUGAAGGACCGCGAACUAAAAGAAACCAAGAACUUGUAUAGUGCCGUCAAGGACAUGCUUUCUCUACAACCGAGCCCUGAAAUUCAGCAAACGUUAAAUAGAACGCAACGGGCUCUAACUCAGAGAACAGCUAAAAUGAAAUGUCUUAUUGCGGAACUGAGCAUGCGCGAGCGGCAGGUGACAGAUCUACGCUUGGAACUGGACCGAGGGAACAACGAAUUGGUCUCCUUCAAACAGAAGUACUAUGAGAUGAAGAGAGCUCUCGACGCGGAGGAGACCAGACGCUUGCGCAUACCGUCGCCAGCCACGCCUGUUGCCACGGAAAUUAAAUGAUUGAUGAUGGAUGAAUUAUUUUGGGAGAUAAUCAAUGAAGCGUAUAUUUUUCGGUUCCUCCAAACUGCGAUCAGAACUAAGGGCACACACAUUUUUUCGAACGCGCCGUUGUUGGCGAGCUUUUUAGAAACGUGCUUCGACGACGCUUCGACGAUCCUACAGAGCAGUUUGUUAUCUUUUGUAUCGAUUCAAAUGCGCGAUACCAGCGUUAGCAUAGUGUUUGUAUCGAUUGAAAAAUGUGUCGCUAGCGACCGACCGACGCCAUCUUGCUAUUGUUGACAAGGUUCAGCUUUAAAACAAAAUAUGGCAGAGUGUCUGUAUCGAUUCAGACAUGUGUUUGAAAUUAUACAAGUUUGCAAAGGUCUAUAGGCUGCGUCUGACGCGUGUGCGUAUCGCAACUGUAACGCUACAAACGGGCGUCAACGGCGCGUUUAAAAAACUUGGUGUGUGCAGCCCCAAGACUAUAAGCAAAUUCGCUGUAAACAAUGUUUGCAAGUAUCAAUCUUUGUUAGGAAUUAACCCAUUGAUAUAUCCUAAUGCCGCAUAUAUAGGUCAGGUACAUGUUUCCCUUAACGCCCGAAGUUAAUAUAAAUAUAAUCCGAAAUCUUAAUUUCUUAUCUACGAGGAAAAGGGUAGCAGUGAGUACUUUAGUACCAUCUGUCAUUAGAAGAUUUUGGAUAAGGUUGAUUAUUAUUAAUUUUGGACGUAAGGAAGACGCGGCAAGUAAAUAGGAGUUAGCGGAUAGAAACCGCAAGAAGGUGUUUAUUUUAUAUUAUUUACUACUUCAAGCAAACGAUUUUGAGAGUCAAGCUUUUUA